UCUCUCUCUCUCUCUCUCUACAGUUUUCUAGGUUUCAGUUUUUCCCCCAUUUCCUGUUCUGUUCUAAGGAGGAGGCUUCCCUUUUGAUUUUGUCGGCACUCCAAUGGCGGAUUUCACUUCUUCCUCCCUCAAUGCUCUUUCUCCUCCUUCCGAUGAUGCUUUUGAAGACGACGCUUGCUGUAUUUGCCUCGAUCCUUUUACCUCCCACGAUCCUCCCUCUAUCACCAGUUGCAAGCAUGAAUAUCAUCUCCAAUGUAUUCUUGAUUGGUCUCAAAGAAGCAACGAGUGCCCAAUCUGUUGCCAGUUGCUAGUGUUAAGGGAUCCUGUUGGCCAGGAGCUUCUAGCAGCCAUUGCUAGUGAAAAGCUUUUGAAGUCUAGAAGCUUGUCUUCUGUUGCAUCCACUUCUUUGCGUUUCCACGAAAACUUUGAUGUCGACCAUGACUCCUCUCAUUCAGAUGACUCUGACUUUGAUGACCUGAUUAUGCAGCAUCUUGCUGCUGCAGCUAGCCGAGCUCGGUAUGUUCAUAGAAGGGAGAGGCAAAGACAUUUUGGACUUGGACCUUCACAAGGUGUCUCUGCAUGUCCAGAAGAGGUUCCAGUGCUAAUAUGUCCCUUGUCACCUAGAUUUCAAGAUGCUACUCUAAGUUCGCCUAAUAGUGAUUCACCAUCUCCUGGUUCCCCUUUGUCGUCUGGUGGUCGAACCGGAAUUAGUAAAAUCUCGCCUAGGGUUUUACUGACUGAGACAUUGUCGGGUAGUCAACAGAAAACAAACCAACCUGAGGGGCUUUCUUUCCCAGAUUCCAUCAAAUCCAAAUGGUCUGCUACUUCUGCAAAGUACAAGGAGUCAAUAUGGCGAAGCACUCAAGGUAUUAAGGAGAAACUGCUUGCUCGUAACAGCUCCGUGAAGGAGCUAAGCAGAGGAGUGAAGCGUGAAGUAAGUGCUGGGAUUGCUGGUGUUGCUCGAAUGAUCGAUCGCCUAGAUUUGUCUUCGAAAAGGAAUGCUGCUUCUGUUUCCUUCUUCAGCUGCAGUGGAGGUACAUCAAACUCCAUGAAAGGAAAGAACGUAGUAAUGCAAGAAAGUGGUGUCACAGAUGGUUCAGUAAAAAAUGACAGAAUAUGUACUGGUUCACCCUCACAUGUUUCUCCUACCGUUCCAGGCUCAGUCAAUGAUUCUCUAGCUCAGAGAGGAAAUUGAAGUGUGGAAAUCAGGAUUUGACACUCAUCCAGAUGAACAUCUUAUCAACUCAACUCAACUCAGCAGAAAGCAUACUGUGGCAAGCGACUUGUUAUGAUUUAACCAACAUCCAGUUGGUUUGAGUCCUGCAUUUUCUUCUUCAUAUAAAUCUAGUGAUGAAAAAGGCGUAGUUUACAUAGUAAUUCUAUAUAUAUAUAUAUAUAUAUAUAUAUGAUGUUCUGCUUCAUGAUACUCUAUUUCUAUGUGGAUGAGUUUCUUUCUCUCUCAUUGA